AUGGGAAUCAAAGAUCUCUGGCCUUUAGUAGAUGAAGCUGCCUUUACAUGCAAGCUCAGAGACUUUAUUGUCGAGCAUGGAUUCCUCAAAGAGCAUUAUGGCUUACGUACCGUUGUCAUCGGGAUAGACGUCAGCUCCUUUUUGGAUGGUUUUCGUGCUGCUGACAGGGCCCAAGGCCAGCUUCAUUCAUCCAACGCAACUCUCACCCAGUUCUUCAAGCUGUUGUGUGGUCUAUCGAAGGCGGGUGCUCACUGUAUAUUUGUGUAUGAUGGGGACAAGCGACCAAAAAUCAAACGAGGACGUCAAGUUGUCACAAAUGAAUUGGACUACUUGAAGCAAUCAAGAACAAUGGUCGAACAUUUUGGUUAUCACAGCCACAUGGCUCCGGGUGAAGCAGAGGCUGAAAUAGCAGAUAUGCUUAAACAAGGAAUUGUCGACAUAAUCCUCUCAAAGGACAGUGAUGUUUUCCCCCUAGGGGCUGCAUCUGUAAUGAAUCUUGUGGUGCCGCGGGAUAAAUCUAAAGCUCGGAAAUCUUGGCUCGACUUGGAGGUCCGUAUUUACCAUACCAAAAGCAUGGAAUUCUCCCAGGGAGGUUUCAUUCUGAUCGCUUUGUUACUUCACAACGAUUUCGGUAACGGCGUCAAUGGUAUCGGCCUUUCCACUGCUCGAGGUCUAGCUCAGAGUGGUUUUGGUGAAACUCUCCUCCGUUUAUAUGAAUCACUCUCACCAAUGCCGCAAAGACUGUCUGAGGCCUUGCAGGAAUUGAAUCAAGAUAUGGCGUACGAGAUUCAGCACAAUAAGCGAGGUAAAAUGGGUUUAUGUAGCCCUGCUCGAGCGGAAAUCCUUCGACACUCCAAUUUUCCGACUUUCGACGAUUUGGAGGCCCUGAGCACAUUCUUGACACCUGUAACAAGCUCUUCAGAGGGACUUCCGCCUUUACUGGCAUCCCUCAGACUGCCUACUCUUCCUAACAUCAGUGGAAUCGUAGCAUUUUCCACUGAGCACUUCGCUUGGUCUCCAAAGCUUACAUUACAACAUUUCCACAACUAUCUUUGGCCCGGAGUCAUCAUCCGAAUGUUAAGUUCGUCUGGUCAGAAAUACGUUGCCUACAACGCCGAUAACUCUGAAGUUCUUGUCCCUCGACUGCAGAAUAAAUUCGAGACAGACAGCAAAGGACAUCUGUACAUACCUACCUUUUCAACCACAGUUAUGAACAAAGACGUACUGGACUUCCAGGACAAAGAUGCGAGUGACACUAUCUCCAUUGUAUUCAAUACCUCAUUCUUUAUUCAACUCACUGGUCUCAACUCCCCAUCUGCACAAAGCCGGAGAGUUGACGUUCCAGUCUCAAUGAUUGCGGUGGCUAUAAAUAAUCUCAAUAAGGUUGUUAAUCUCCGUCAAAUGAUUGGUCCCCGUUCACCUCCUGGCCAGGCCAGUAUUGAAGCUGAAGCAUCGGGUAGCCACACUUUACACAAGUUUCCCUUGAAGCGAAAGCAGAGCGAUAAUCUCAUUGCUGAGAGCAGCUUCAAGAGCUUCAAGCGAGUCAAAGAUUUAGGUGUUAUUGAGCUUACUGACAGUGACGAUGAUUCUCUGUAUUAA